CAUACAUGGCCUGAAGGUAAAUACACGAGCAGGGUCUGCUAAUAAUAGCAGUUCGGCAGUCUCGGAUUCCCUUCCAAGCAAUAGCUUAAAACAGUCUUCUGCAGAGCUGAAGAAAAUACUUGCAAAUGGCCAGAUGAAUGAACAAGACAUACGGUAUCGAGACAUCCUCGGUCAUGGCAAUGGAGGCACAGUCUACAAGGCAUAUCAUGUCCCUAGUGGAAAAAUACUAGCAGUAAAGGUGAUACCCUUAGAUAUAACACUGGAACUCCAGAAGCAGAUAAUGUCAGAGUUAGAAAUUCUUUAUAAGUGUGACUCAUCGUAUAUCAUAGGAUUUUAUGGCGCUUUUUUUGUAGAAAACAGAAUUUCCUUGUGUACAGAGUUCAUGGAUGGGGGUUCUUUGGAUGUUUAUAGAAAAAUUCCAGAACACGUACUCGGAAGAAUAGCAGUAGCUGUUGUGAAAGGCCUUACCUAUUUAUGGAGUCUAAAGAUUUUACACAGAG